AGAGGCGGCCAUUGCAAUACAGUGAAGCAAACACGGGGCGGUGGCUACAGUUAAGAAUCUUUCUCCUUUUUUGUUAUUUCAGUCUUAAUUCUGUCAUUACUAUGGGUUGCUCAGAGUCGAGCUAAUAUUACUAUGAAAAGGUGAAUGUUGUGUGUGUCGCCCUGUGUCAUUGUAAGGUGUAAACAUGUCGCGGAGAAGAAUCACACAAGAAACCUUUGAUGCUGCUGUGAGGGAGAAUAUGGACGAGUUUGAGAUGGGUCCUGCUGAGGCUCUCAGUGAAGCGGUGGAACAGUUUGAAUCUCAAGGUGUGGAUCUUAGCUAUAUAGUUAAGGCUGUUCCAGCAGGUUCAUGCGGUGACAAACAAGAAAACCAUCUGGUGUUGCAGGCACUAGAGUCCAUCCGUAUUGGAAAAAACUUGGAAACAUUAUCAGACAUCAAGCAGUUCACUGAGCAGUGUUCAUUUGGGUUUGCUCAGAGAUAUCUGGCUGCUCAAAAAGGAGCAUAUGCUAUAAUUUUUUCAUUUUGUAAAAAUAGUGUCGAGGCACACGAUGCAGUAUUGGCUGGCCUGUUAGCACUAGCUGCUCUAAGUGAUGGACAACCAGACUUACUGGAUGCAGACGGACAACAGUUUCUCUUGGACAUCCUCAAAAAAUACCAGGACAGUUCAACUGUUCUAUGUGCAGCUAUUUGUGCAGUGCGACAUUGCUGUUUGAAACAUGAGCAGAACAGACAGGAUCUGAUCAAAGGGGGUGUUCUGGCUUUACUCACCGGAGCAAUAACACAACACAGUGAAUGUGCUGAACUGGUUAAAGGGGCAUCUGCAGCUCUAAGGGUCAUGACUUUUGAUGAUGAUGUCAGAGUUACCUUUGGACAUGCUCAUGAACAUGCCAAGAUGAUUGUCCUGGAGCAUAAUGGCCUUAAGGUGCUGACAGAUGCUGCCAAAGCGCACUUUAAUAAUACCUCUGUACUGAGUGAACUUUGUGCAACUUUGUCUCACCUGGCUGUUAGAAAUGAGUUUUGUCAAGAUAUCUGUGACCUGGGAGGGUUGAAACUUAUCAUGACAUUGCUUGCAGACAAUUAUGAAUCACAGGAAUUGGUCCGGCAGGUCUUAAGUGCCAUACGUGCAAUUGCAGGAAAUGAUGAUGUGAAAGAUGCAGUCGUAAAUGCCGGUGGAGUACAGCUUAUUGUCAUUGCUAUGGAUAGACACAUGGGCAAUGCUUCUGUAUGUGAGCAAGGGUGUGCGUGUCUCUCUGUGCUUGCUCUGCGUAAACCUAACAACUGUAAAGUUAUCAUGGAAGAUGGUGGGACUAUGGCUGCUGUGCAAGCUAUGAAGACACACCCUGAUGCAGUCAAUGUCCAGAAACAAGCAUGCAUGGUGCUGAGAAAUGUUGUUUCACGGAUGCAAAACUACAGUCAAGCAAUCCUGGAGAUGGGAGCAGAACCCCUCAUUGCUCAAGCCCUUCAUAGCCACAAGGACUGUAAUGAUGUUGGUAAAGCAGCGCUCCGAGAUUUGGGCUGCCAAGUGGAACUACGGGAGCUGUGGACUGGCAAACAUGGUGGCAUUACUAACUGAGAAUAAAAUAAAAGCAGGUUCAUUUCUUUGUUUUUGUGCAGCAGUGAUGAAAUGGGUGACUUAUUGUGAAUAUAGGAACCUGUAAUUAAAGUGGGUCCGAAACAUG